AGAUAGAUAGAUAGAUAGAUAGAUAGAUAGAUAGAUAUGAUGGAUGGAUUGAUAUGUUCUCUCCUCUCCCCAAACAUACUUCUAAUAGUUGUCUCUUUUAGGCCCCUUUCACAACCCGCACCGUUUGGUCUUCACCACGCGCCGAGCAGUGACGCGGACCCCAGCUCCGGCGACAGCAUCAGCCUGGCCAGAUCCAUCAGCAAAGACAGCCUGGCCUCCAACAUCGUCAACAUCACCCCGAAGCAGCAGCUCCCCUCCGCCCCCGUGAAAAGCAGCGGGAAAAGCUUGCUAAACAACGUGGAGAUAGAAGACGAGGAGGAGGAACUGAUCGCCAUCAUUCGCCCCGGCCCCACCCCGAACCAUGGCGGCCUGGAACUUCAGUGCGCCCCGCCGGCUCGUUCGCCGGGCUUUGUCGGCACCGCCUGGACGCCGAAAUCCCCGAGCGAGGCAACGGAAAGUAAGCAGGAGAGCUUUUUCCUGGAACCGCUAAUGCCUGCUGUUUUACGGCCAGCCAAGGAGAAGCAAGUCACCAAUAAAGAGGACGAAUGCGGAGAAGGGAAAGCCAGAGGUUACGUGCCCAAGAGAGUGAGCGAAGGGCAUGCGGCUUUGGCCCGUAAGAAAGCCAACGGCGAUCACAGCCUUAAUAGGACUUUUAACCUGGGCUCUAGUUCUGAACUAACCGUGAUUGCGAGUCCCAGUUUAGCGGAGCCACUUGUGCAUCACUCAGACGUCAGGAUGGAGUCCUUUUGCCCCCAAGCAAGCAGCAGUUUGGAGGUCUCCUCUCAAGAGCGGGCAUCUGCAGGGUUCUUCCUGCAUGCCGCCAAAGCGGAGGAGGCUGCCUCUAGCGGCCACGUCACUAACCUCAGUUACCUGAAAAGCCCCAGUUCCCACCGGGCGGAGACCUCGUGGACCAUGGUCAGACAGGAUUCCGACUCCUCCAUCCUAGACAUGGAGGAAGCCGAGCAAGACGUGGCCGCCGAGGAGCACCCUCUUAUCGCCAAGUACAUCGGCGAGGAAGAAUCUGCCAAGCUUCAGGAAGACAUGAAGGUCAAGGAGCACGAGGACAAAGACGACGCCAGCGGGCGCUCCAGCCCAUGCCUGAGCACCAUUUCCCAGGUGAGCAGUGUCUCCAUGACCAGCGGGAGUGCCCGGAUGACCAGCUUCGCGGAGAGGAAGCUCCAAAGGCUGAACAGUUACGAGACGAAAUCCAGCACCAGCAGCUCGCAGAAAACCACCCCGGAUGGAUCCGAGUGUUGUCUGGCUCCGCUCACCACCUGGAAACAGAGACGGGAGCAGAGCCCACCCAGGCAGAGCAAAGACAACGCUAACCUCUUGGCAUCCGAGCUGGUCCAGCUCCACAUGCAGCUGGAGGAGAAGCGGAGAGCCAUCGAGGCUCAGAAGAAGAAAGUGGAGGCUCUUUCCGCCAGGCAGAGGCUAAAGCUCGGCAAGGCAGCCUUCUUGCACGUGGUGAAGAAAGGGAAAGGGCCGGAGAUCUCGCCAUCCCCGAAGCCGGAACAUUUCGCCAAAGAGUUCUCCGGCCACAACGGGGAAGGCCUGGAGGAGGACACGUUGAGCGCCAAAACGGAGGCGUUCCUCACGAAAGAGGAGGUGGCGGUGGUGGGCGACGACGAGAUUCCCAGAGGGAAGGUCCAGGAGACGGUCGGCUUCGUGGAGGAAAGCAUCUCCAGAGAGCCCACCCUCCACGAAAUCGAGAAAAGCAAGAGGGUCUCGGUGGCCCUGCUGGAAGAGAACAUAGACUCCGCCGAUCUCAACGAGUGCGACCUUUCCAUUGAAAAGCUGAACGAGACCAUCAGCACCCUGCAGCAGGCCAUCCUGAAGAUCUCCCAGCAGCAGGAGCUCCUCAUGAAGGCCCCCACCCUGUCCUCAACCCGAGGAGGCUCUCAGGACCAAAAAAUAAAGGCCCCUGUCCAUUUUGUGGAGCCCCUCUCCCCGCCUGGCACCAAUAACCUCCGCAAGCCGCCCCGGCUGGGUCAAGGGCGGAGUGCCCGUUCGGGAAGGCCCUCCGAACUCAAAGUGGCCAAGGACCGUCCCCAUACCACGCCUCGCAUCAAGACCCCGACGCCCAGCGUCGACACCUUGCCCCACUUGAGACAGUUCCCGUCCAACCAUUCCCCCAAGACGCCGGUCGAAACCGCUCUUGAAAAUAACCUGGGCCCAGGUAGCGCCCCGCAGGAGAAGCUCCCCUUUGAGAGUUACCGGCUCUGCGACGAUAAUCAGAGAGGAGCGUUCGUUUUUUCCUCGUCCAGGGACACGAACGUCCUCUCGGAGGCCCUCAAGGAUGAGAACAGCAAUGUAGAGGACUUUCACCCCCUUGCUCGUUUCGACGCGUCGGGCAAAGAGAAUAUCUCAGUGGAAGAGCCAUCCAAGGGCAAAGGCAGCCUUAUCGAAGUGGACCUCUCGGAUCUAAAAAUCCACGACGAAGAAGUGGAAAUCCAGGGCAACGCUUCCGAUUUAAUCAACGAAAUGGACUCAAAGUCGGGCUUUGGGUUCUUCUUCAAGGAUGAACAGAAAGCCGAAGAUGAGCUGGCGAAGAAACGUGCCGCUUUUCUCUUAAAACAGCAGCGAAAGGCCGAAGAGACCCGGCUUCGAAAACAGCAGCUGGAGGUAGAAGUUGAGCAAAAAAGAGACGAAGCUCGGCGAAAAGCUGAAGAAGAUCGCCUGCGGAAGGAAGAGGAAAAAGCCCGCCGGGAAUUAAUCAAACAAGAGUAUUUGCGGCGAAAGCAGCAGCAGAUUUUGGAAGAACAGGGCUUGGGCAAACCCAGACCCAAAGCGAAGAAGCCACGGCCCAAAUCGGUCCAUCGGGAGGAAUCCUACAGCGAUUCGGGGACCAAGUACUCCUCUACUCCUGAUAAUCUGAGCAGCGCCCAAUCGGGAUCGAGUUUGUCCUUGGCUUCUGCAGCGACCACUGAGCCAGAGAGCAUCCAUUCAGGAGGCACACCUUCCCAAAGAGUGGAGUCCAUGGAAUCCUUGCCCAUCCUCAGCAGGAACCCAAGCCGAAAUAUGGAGCGAGAUUGGGAGAACACUUCGACCGCUUCUUCGAUUGCCUCGGUGGCCGAAUAUACAGGAACCCUUAGCUUUUCCUGGACCCUCAAAUCUCUCCCCUUCUGCCUGCAGGAGCUGGAAAAGAGCGAAGCCAACCACUACAUCAUCCUAUUCCGCGACGCCGGCUGCCAGUUCAGAGCACUUUACUGCUACCAUCCCGACACCGAAGAAAUCUACAAGUUGACCGGAACGGGUCCAAAGAACAUCACCAAGAAAAUGAUCGACAAGCUGUACAAAUACAGUUCGGACAGGAAGCAGUUUAACCUGAUCCCGGCCAAAACCAUGUCCGUCAGCGUCGACGCGCUGACGAUUCACAACCACUUGUGGCAAUCCAAGCGACCCGCCGUGCCAAAGAAGAUCCAGAAUCGCAAAUGACGCUAAGCAACAACAACAAAAAACAAAACACUAGAAAACACAACAAAACGGGGCUAGAUUUCAACGCCGAGGGUAUCCGACGAACAGAACCAUCAUCAACCAUAAACCAAGGAAAAAAAAAUCAGCUUUUCAAAUCACGGAUGCAAGGAGAGUGUGAACGAACAACUUGAAUGUUUCCCUUUUUUUUCUUUGGGACGCGACUGAUUUGCUGGUUCGGUUCGGUGUGGAUGCUCAAACGGCCGCUACACCCAUCGCUGGCUUCUCGCGGCUUUUUUGCGAUGGACCAGACCUGAAGCUGGGGAUGUACUGGUGUUUCUUUCUUUCUUUUUUUAAAAAACUUGAAGCUCUUCAUUGGUACCACUUGGGAUCCCUCGUUUUCCCCUCCCUUUUUCCCGAUUCAACCUUCCUGCAGAGAAAUAAAUACAUCAAAGGACGCCGUGUAGAAGUUGGCAAAGCGGCAGUUUAGAAAGGGAAAGCGAACAGCAGGAGGCGGGAUGGAAUUUUUUCCCCUCCCACCUCCAUUUUUCCCUUCUGGAUUCCUUUUAAAGGAUCUCACACCCAACUGCAUUUUAACUGCCAAUGUUAAGUCACACUCUCAUUUCUGGAGAAUGGAAGCCCAGCCUGCCGCCCACUCCUCGCCUCAGUUUACCUACAGUAUCCCUUUCUUGGUCCUACGUACUGACUGACAGAUGUCAAAACCAGUCUCUUUUUUUAACAAAUGAAGAACGGAGACAGAGGACAUAUGCAAAAAAAAUUGUGACUGCUUGCGAACCUUAGAGCAAAACACAAUCAUGAAGAGACAGAGAGGUGCUAUUGGCUGGAUUUAGCUUGUUCGAAACUUCACAUGGCAAAACAAAACAAAACAAAACAAAUGGAUUUUCCGAUUUUCCGUAUCCUCGUCUUCUCCCUUCGCCCUCCCGUUUCGUUUCGUUUGUUGGACGGACCCUAGAAAUAGCGGAGCGCUUUUCCCCCCUCCACUCCGAGCACGUUUAACUCUCCGUCGAAUGUUGCACUCAAGUUAUUCACGAUGCUUUUUUAAAAAUAUUAAUAACAAUAAUAAUCAUGUUUAAAAUCAGGCCCUGCUACUUUGUCCUCUCCUGUCUGUCUGUCUGUCUGUCCUUUGCGGGAUGAGCAGCAUGCUCUUGUGAAGGAGUGUGUUCCUUCCCUCCCCUUCUUUAUUUCCUCCCCCCCUUUUUAAGUUUUCUGCGGGAGCUCUUUUUAAUUUGGGAGUGGGGGACGGACGCGAUGGGACGACGAUGUCUAGAAAAAGCCAACCGAUUUCCCCCCCCCCCCCUACGACGGGCAAGGUUUUAAAACAGAUCUCGGUGUUUGGUUUGAAAGCUCAAAAGUGGCUUUAGGGUGUUGGUUGUUUUUUCCCCCUCCUUCCCCUCUCUUUUCAUCUUGAAAUAUUAAACCUUUGAGUUGAAACCUUUCAACCUGUCUGUGUUUUCACCUUACAGAAAACCAACCAGAACCAAAUCCUUUUUACCCUUGGGACUUAAUGAUGCAGGAAGCUUAGAGGAUGAUGUGUUUUAAAGUGUCUCUUUUCUCCCUUCCCUUGGAAGGCACAAUAAAAAAGAAAAUUAUGUAGCCUUCAACCCAAACUAUUCUUUUUCAUACUUUACUACUUGGAGAUAUAUAUAUCCAAGUAGUAAAGUAUGAAAAGGAAUAGGUAUAUAUAUAUAUAUUCUGACAAAGGUUUUAGUUUGCACAUGUUUACUUCUACUUGAAAUGUUACUUGAAGACCUUUUUGAGACGCUCUUUCUAACACUAGAGACGAACGAGAGAGAUGGAAACACACACCUGUGCGUCCUUAUUUAUGAACCUAGAAGAAGAAUAUUGGGAGAGCAAAAUGACUUUUGUACAGAGCGAGGCGAGAAACGGCCUUCUUAACACUAAGCUAGUAAGAGGGGUUGGGGAAUCGGAAUGGUCUCCCGUUGUUGGCCGUUCCUUCCCUCGGGCGUUUGUUUUAAAUAGAUUUGUAAAUUUUGUUCCAUAGUCGAUUAACCUUGUAAAUAAGGCUUCGUUUCUUAAAACUAUUCAGAGGAUUCAAUGUGGUUGUGAGCAAUUCUUUUUUCCCCCCUCCUUCUUCUUCUUUUGGUUUACAUGCUUUUUCAUGCUUGAUUUUUUUUCCUCACUGUUUGAUAUACGACAUAUUUAUUUUAUGGAAGCACUGAAAAUAAAGGUCAUCAUCCGA